AAUGUCUAAAUCUCAGUCUCCACUGGGAACGUUUGUGCCGGGGAAGGGGGUUCUAGCCGGACUGUUAUAGAAGGGUGGACGAAAAAAAUUGGUGCUUCCUCUAACGGCUUCCCAUCUGCGUCCCCUAUUCGGUUUAGGAUCGGGACUCGGCCAGUGAUGAUCAGCCACACCUCCUUGCAGGACUCCAUGGACGGGGAUGAGAAGGAGACGGAUGUGGAGAUAGAGGAGCAGCAGCAGACGGACGCUUUCUACAGCCUGUACCGCAGGCACAGGUCAGGCCCAGCUGGGGAGGUGCGGCCUUCAUCCUCGGCCUCUCGCAGCAAAGAGCGGCCGCCAGCGCUUCCCUCCACCCUCCCCCUACACGGACGGUCUCUGCAGCUAGGAGAUGAAGGUGACAGAAGAAAUGAGUCGUCAGAAACAUGCUCCAAGGAUACAGUGUCUGAGGAGGACUUCAGCCUCUGUUUAUUGGCAUCUAACUUGUCUGUUGUAGCUGAGUCAGAGCUUCGAGCGUUCAUUGCUAAACGCCUCAGUAAAGGGGCUCUUUUAAGCAGAAUGGGCACUAUAGCAACUGUGGAUUUGAGCAUAGCUGAGCAGGCUGUCGCUUGUUACUACUGUCUCGUCCAGCCGGAUCAGCCCCCAAACCCAGAAAGUAACAGACCGGAGUCAAAAACUGUGGUCACUGAUUACAUUCUCUGCUUUCUGGGUAGUACAGAGAAGAGCCUUGAACUAUAUCCUUCAAAGGAGCAGCUACUGAUGGUUCUGCAAGUCUGUCCCAUAAGUAACUGAGCUCUGUGUUUCAGG